UUGCAUAUAAUAAAAAAUUAAAAACUUAAUUUCAUUUUGCACGAAGACAUACAUAAACGAAUAUUAAGCAUUCAAGAUUACAUGAAGUUAGGAACAUUGCUCCCACACGGCAUGAAAAACAACCUCAACUAGGCCAAAUUAAGGUUUCACAAGGGAGAAUUAGUUGCAACUCACAACUCAUUAAUCCUAUGUUUAUUUUUAUGUUCUUACUUGUAAUUUAACUUUUGCCUUUUAUAUAAGCGUCUCUUUCUUUCUCUCCCCACGCAAAACCAAAAUAAAAAAUAAAAAAUCUACCCCCUCAUCUCUGUUCCUCUUGUACUAAUUUCUUCUCUGAAUUUUGGUUCGGUUUGGUUAGGUUUCGGAUGAUCAAUGGUAAGAAAACGUAAAUCUGGGACAUUCUGGACCUGCAUUUAUCUGAUCUGACAUUGGUAAAGAGAGAAGAAGAGCACAAAAAAGAGGGAGAGGGGAGGGGAGAUUCAGGAGUAGAGUGACCAUGGAGAUAGAGAGGUUUAGGUCGUUGUUUCUCCUCUGGUGCAGAAUCAGAACCUCACGUGUUGCUCUUGUGGGUGGAAACCACACCGCUGCUAGCACCCUCUUGCCAUCUGAGGUACCCUUUGGCCAAUUUGGCGAAAUUUAGCGAAAUUAAGCUCGUUUGGCUUCGUUUCAGAUAUCGAUCCGGCCAUUUGACAUGGAGAUGGGAGGUGGGUAUCGACCCCAAACCCACAACAACAAUCAGAUCAAUCAUUUGCAAGGUCCAAGGAUUUCAUUAAAUCCUGAUACCCUUUUGGUUAUUAAGCUUCCGGAUCCAAGGGUCUUGCUUGUUUUGUCACGUUCGCUGUUUUUGGCAAUGCUGAUUAUCACAUUGCCUUGGAUUAGGUUCUUUUUAAAGGGACCUUCAGGUUCGGUUUUUAAUGCCAUUGAUUUUCAUCAUAAUUCUGGUUCUAUCAGUUUGAAUUAUUGGAAUUUGCUUUGGCAAGAUUUUGUUAACGAGGGUCUUAUAAAAAAAGGCCAUAAAGCUCUUAUUUUGAACUCUGCCAUCGAAGGCGUGGCUGAUGGAUGUUCCAGGUUCGUGAACAAUGAUGAGAUUGAUGUAGUGUUGGAGCCUGAUUUGGAACGACAAAGUUCUUUACCAGAUGAGGGGUUUGAUUUUGUAUUCGUGUCUGGCUCUCUUGAUUCCAAGUUUGUUGAUCGUGUUGUGAAGAUUGGUGGUGUUAUUGCUAUGCAAUUGGGUGAUGACAUCUCAAGCAGUUAUCAAAAGCAGUCAGAUUACAGAAUUGUAUAUCUUAAGAAAUAUAGUUCAACCAUUGUAGCAAUGAAGAAACUUGGUUCAAACAACCAUUUGUUGGAUUCCUCAGGAAAGCGAAGGCUUUGUCAGCUCACAUUGGAGGCUAAGAAAGCGGCAUUGAAAGGUUUAGAAGAUGUUUUAUUUGAGCCACCGAGAAGAGCCUUGGUUAAAUCACAUGUUUACUUGAAGAAAAUCAAUUUUCUUCCUGAUCUGUUAGGGGAUUCUCUAGAGCACUACCCCCGUAGAGUUUUCAUUAAUGUGGGGUCUCCUGAGGAGAAGAAUGUUGUAAUGAAAUGGUUUGACAAAAACUAUCCAAAGAGGAAUCAAGAAUUUGAGGUUUACAGUUUGGAAAGGGGAUUAUCUGGAGGAAAGGCAAGAAGAGAGACUCCUCGGAUUGAUGUUUCGGAUUGGUUGAUGAAAAAUGCAAGAAAAGAAGAGUAUGUUGUGAUGAAGGCAGAAGCAGAAGUGGUGGAAGAGAUAAUAGAGAGGAGGGCAAUCGGUUUGGUGGAUGAACUGUUUUUGGAGUGCAACAACCAAUGGGAAGAUGGAGGGAAGAAGAAGAAGAAGAAAAAAAAGAGCAAGAGGGCUUAUUGGGAAUGCUUAGCUUUAUAUGGAAGGCUGAGGGAUGAGGGAGUUGCAGUACAUCAAUGGUGGGAAUGAGAACUAAGGCAUACAAUAUGGUCAUAGUAGGAUUUGGAUUCUCAUUACAAUUAAAGAAAUGAAAGUAAAGAUGGCUUUGAAGUGAGUUGAUAGGACCCGGAUUGGGUUUUUUAUAGUGUUAGAAAAUGUUUAAUGAAAAAAGUUGGCUUCUGGGUUUGGUGAGUUUGCUUGCUUCCAUGAAUGGCCAGUAAUUCUUCAACGAAAGUUGAGUUGAAUGAAGAGGGAUUGGUACUUUCCUCAUUUACUACAGUUUUUAAUAGCUUGAAAUAUUGUUGUAUUCACUACUUGAGUUUAACCUAGCUAGUUAGUUAAAUUCAGCGAUGGGUCAAAACUUUUUUGGAAUAUUUAAGGCAACUGCCACUUUCACUUCUCCAUUAAAAUGUUGCAAAUUAUGGUUGUCUUUGUCGAAAUGUCCCAGUUCUCGUCAAUACCAUGAUUAAACCACAGGACAUUUGUAGACACAAGCUAGGAUCAUCUACCCAUAACUGUCACAAGUCUCACAAACAUGAUGAUCAGUGAUGAAUGGUUUCAUGAUUUAAAUCAUAAACAUAAUGAUCAUCUACCUCAACAUUGAUUCUUGUUUUUUCCUUUUGUUUUGCUUGUAUCA